AACCGUCUUUAGUAUAUCGUAAAGCAGCCAACUAGAUACUCACCUGGUCCAUUUCCGAUCACCACUUUUCAUAUAAUUGUCCUUUCUAAAAUUCCAAUUCGUUCUAUUUUUAUACUUUUUCUUUCUUUCUUUUUUGUUUCCCCCCCAUUGAAACCUAUUCUACCCUCUCGAGUUUUCAUUAUCGCGAAUGAAAAAAAAAAAAAAAUGUCUUGAUCGAUCAAAACCAGUUAUAACGCGAACGUAUUUUUUUUUUUUUUUCUAAAUUAAGAUUCAUUUGCGAGUUUUAGUUAUCAUCAAGAAAAAGUGUAUAUAAGAGAGAAAAAAAGACAAGAGAGAGAGAGAGAGAGAGAGAGAAAUUUGUAGUUUCGAUAGUUUGGAAAUCUUCGAUUAGAUCAAGGAUACCAAGUUAUCGAAAUGAUUCGUUUGAAGAACGUGAUAAAUGUCAUCGUACUGCUAACCUUUGUGUUUCAUGGAUCGAUCAUCUGUCAGGAUUUCAAAUCGGAUGAUCCAGGACUGAACGAGCCAGAUUUUGUUACUCCGGAAUACAUACUACCAUGUUCACGAAAGGAUCCCAAAUUUGAGGUAUGCGUGACGAAAACGUUGAACCAUCUGAAGCCUUAUUUGGUGAAAGGAAUUCCGGAAUUGGAUUUGCCACCGAUCGAGCCAUUAACGAUACCAGAAUUGGGUAUGGAAAAUGGACAAGGUGCAGUUAGAGUUAGUGCACUUUUUUCGAACAUCACAGUCCUAGGUGCUGGCAAUUAUAAUAUGACGAAAGUCCGAGUGGAUUUGAACACUUUGAGGAUCGAUCUUCAUCUAACUAUUCCUAAGGUCGAGUUACAGGGUCGUUACGAAGUGGCUGGGAACGUUCUUUUGUUUCCCAUUAAGAGUCAUGGUGAUUUUUGGGCACUUUUCGGUGACGUAGCGGCAAUAGCACGUGCACAAGGAGCUAUAGAAAUUCGAGAUGGUAUACGUUACAUGGGACUUACCAGAUUACUGAUAGAUUUUAGUCUUGGCCGUGCAAGAUUUCGUAUAAUCGACGAAUUAAAUGGCGACAACGUGAUUGGUCAAGCGAUGAAUCAGUUUCUCAAUCAAAAUGCGAAAGAGAUAAUUGAAGAAAUGAGACCGGCUGCGAGCAGUAGCAUUGCCAAACACUUCCUAUCAUUCCUUAAUACGGCCUUUAGGAAGAUACCACUCAAAGUUUGGCUACGUGACGUAUAGUUUAUGAUAAUUGAAUAUUUCAAUAUUAUUAUAACAAAGGAGAUUAAAAGAAAGAGAAGGAAGGAAAGAAAAAGAAUUAAAAAAUUAAAAAACAAAAAAAAAAAUCGAAAGGCUUACUAAUAUCGAAUAAUUAUUUUUAUUAUUUUUAUGAAUAACGUGCGUGUGAGAUAAUACCAGUACGUUCUUCUUUAAAUAUUACAUUCAAGAAAGAACUUAAAGUUUCCAAAUUAAUUGGCAUUUCUUUCUCUUUUCUUUCUUUAUUUAAUGAUUUUAUAUGUAUAUAUUAUAAACUCGCAUGCGUUCUUUUCAAGGAUACGACAUGUGCAGGAUGAUUCUAUUCGAUAUUGAAAAAAUAAUACUAAAUUUAUUAACGAACGAACUUUCGUGUGUUUCGAAAGCUGUUCGUUAUCAAAAAAUAAAAAUUAAAAAAUGAAAAAAGAAAAAAAAAA